AUGUCGCAUUUGCGAGCCCGAGACGACGCGGUGGAGGUGUUGUCCAGUUGCCCGCCCGGACAGCUGGCGGUCGUGUGGUAUAGUGAUGAUUCAGUUUAUCACGAGCGGCUUAUGGUUUGGAGGGCUGGUGACACUGAGUGGUUUGUGCUGACCCCUGACGGGGACUUCUAUAGAGAGGACUGGUCAGGCCAUUCAGAUGAGGGUCCCAUCAGCUUCAAACUGAAGAAGACAGACUUUAGUCACUUCUCCCGUAUCAGCCAACCAGUGUAUCGUUUUAGUUCCUACCCCGAUGACGACCGGUUCAGAGAGCUUGUGGAGGAGGCCCUCAACGAGUUAGGUGAGUUAGGCAGUGGCUCCCUGAGUUGGACACCCCGCAAGGUCAUUGACAUGAAAGGCAAGGAGGUGGAGGCUUCUCUUUACCUGGGACGCCUGAUAGUGCCCCGGAGGUUGAGACGUCGAGAUGGAGGCUAUGUCGCUGAACCCAUUCCCUCCCCAGUGGCAGUGUCAGGCUUUCCUAGGUCAGGACUUGCACCGGCCCCUGAGGGCCACAUGUGGGUCGCCUUGCAUGACACCUCCGCCUUUGACCUUGGGAAGGAGGCCAACGUAGGCUUGGAGAAGGGCAUCCAGUUGGACAGCGACCAUGGAGCCAUCCCUGAUGAGAAGGGAUGGACCUUGAUGAAGCUGCUCAAAGUUGAGAAGGUUCCCGCAAUGGUUGAAGAGCGAGAGAAGCUGGUGCCCAGUCGGUUGGAGCUUCGUGGUGUGCCUAGCAGGAGCCUGGAGACUGGCGCCAAGAAGGAGGAGGCUGGAGGUGAGGAAGACGCUGAGGUCUCAGAGGACGCCAGGACUCUGAGUGUUUGCUAUGAUGAUCAAGGAGAGAGAUACCGGUCAUGGAGGGAGGCCACAAAAGAGGCAAGCGAGUAUUCCUACUCGGACUGGCCCCUGGAGGGGCCCCAAUCCGUGCUCCACUUGAUGAAGUACAUGUUGAAGAAUGGUGGCAGCCCCAAGCAAUGGUUGUUGAUUUGGGCCCGACACAAAGGAGUGCAUGACAAUGAUCGAGUCAUGCAUGAAAUGCGUGCCUUGUUGGAGAGCUUCGAAUUGGCAGGCUGCUAUGACCAGUUGAACCUUGGCAGUUUGGCCUGUUUUGAGGCCUUGGGACGCAGGGUGCAGAGCAUUGUCGAUGCCUACAACAGCGGCUCCUCCGCCUCUCCAGAUUGGGGGGCGGCGAAGAUCAUGUCGGGAUACCAAGGUCCAGAGGAUCUGGUUUCUCCUUCCCUUCGCACUUGGGCAGCCAAGAAAGGAAAGGAGGAAGUUGAGAUUGCAGCCGCCCGGACGAAGAUGAGAGAGCACAAGCGGCUGCAGAUCCCCACAGAAGAUGCUGCCGCCUCCGCCGUGGCUGACGGCAACCUACCUCCCGGCGGACCAGCUGCCAAAGCCAAGCGCAAGGCCAAGGCGAAGCAGCUUGACGCAGGACGGCUGGGCACCUUGGAGCAGAUUCCAAAACCUGAGGCAGCCUUACGAGAGCUGCUCAAAGGGAAGUCGGAGUAUCACCAACCCGAAGUCCCUGUGGCUUUGGCUCCCUACAAACUCGAGCGCAUUUCUCUCCCGAGCAGCUUGGAGAACCUUCCGGAGGCUCGUGACCUUCUGCCGGAGAAUGCCCGUCGAUAUCUGUUGGGUAGAGAGCUCAUGCUUAGGGAGGAGGGCGCUUAUGAUGCCCCCCGCCCUUACUGGGACCCUGUUUUGGCGAACAACAAGAAGCAUUACAGAGAGUUCAUUGAAAAGUUGAACAGUGUUGGCAUGUUGCAGUUCACUCAACACCCCAAGAACCAUGUUGGAGUUUUCUUUGUGCACAAGAGUGACAAACAGAAGAUACGACUCAUUGUGGAUGCACGGUCGAGCAACGCAUUGUUUAAAGAGCCCCCAGGUGUUGAACUUUGUUCGAGUGAAGGGUUCAGUCGCAUCGAAUGUGAGGUGUCGGAAGGUGUGUUGCCAGGCAGUGCAGAGUUUUUGCAGGAACUUCAAUCCAUGGAGCUACAUGUUGGUUUGUCCGAUGUCAAAGAUUGCUUCCACAGGCUCAAACAACCUCGGUGGCUUGCAGAAUACUUUUGCUUUAUGCCGAUCAAGGCUCACUGGGUUGGUUUGACAGGGAAGUGUUUGGAUGGGGUUACAUUGGGCUGCAAUGACAUUGUUUAUCCUAUGCCGGGUAGUCUUUGUAUGGGGUUCUCGUGGAGUCUUUAUUUUUGCCAGCAGAUCAACGAGCAUCCGUGUGCCUUGACCAGGUCAUUAGGAGACUCCACUUUGAUCACAGACAAGGGUUUGCCGGUGGUAUUCAAGAGCUCAGCAGUCCGAGACAAUGCAAGAGCAACAACAAGGCACUACGUCUAUGUCGACAACCUUGGCAUUGUUUCCCCUCACCGGGGGGUCGUCCAGUCGGCGCUCCAGGAGCUGGACAGUCACUUUGGAGGCAAAGGACUUCUUCUUCAUCCAGGAGAGGUCCACAGUGAAGAAACGAAAGCACUGGGGACAAUAUUGGAUGGCAAGAAUCUUUGCUCCCGAAUUUGUCCAGAGAGGUAUCACAAGGUCAGACAGAGCAUCAGAGGUCUUUUACAAAAGCCGCAGGUGACGGGACAGAUGGUUGAAGUUGUCUUGGGCCAUGCAACCUUUUGCGCAUUGAACAACCGUAUGCUCAUGUCGAUCUUCCACAGUUGUUACAAGUUCAUAAGAGCACACUACUUUGAACCGGUGGCAAUGUGGGAUGCAGUGCGUCGUGAGUUCACAGCCUUUUCAGGACUCAUGAUUUUUCUUCGAGCGGACUGGUGGCGCCCUUGGAACAGUUUGGUGUGUUGCAGCGACGCCAGUACUACUGGCUAUGGGGUAUGCACAUCACAUUGGAGGCUAGAGGAUGUCAGAAAGGUUGGUCGACAGAAGGAACGGAGCCGCUUUAAACGUUGUGACAAUCAUUCAGCUAGAGAGUCAGCCUUAACUUCAGCAGGGUUCAUUCGUGAUGAGUUGACAGGUGCAUGGAAGGCAGGCAAUCUUUCAACUGAAGAUUAUCUCAACCUCAGCGGGUGGAAACUGGACCAAAGUUUUGAGGAGGUUCCAGCCCGCCUGCUGAGGAAGCAAUUGUGGCAGCCAAAGCUUUGGGGAAAGUGGCGCUUCAACGAAGGCAUCAUUAUCCUUGAGGCCCGGGCGGCCGUGAAAGCGAUGAAGCGGAUUGCGAUGAGCCGGUACGGUUCGCAGACACGACAGCUUUUCUUGUUGGACAACAUGUCACUGACCUUAGCACUCGAGCGUAGCCGCAGUCGUCAGUAUGGGCUCCUGAGCCAGGUGAGGGUUUUCAAUGCCUAUUGCAUAGCUAGAGGUAUACAGCCCAGCUUCAGGUGGAUUCCUAGUGAGUUGAAUAGUUCAGACGAACCAUCUCGUUUUGGCACGGACGAACCUUCCAAGCUGCUCACCUCGGAGAUCCCCUAUGGCCCCGAAGAGAACCAGACGACUAGCCGCCCCGGAGAGAGAUUGGAGCGAGUGUUGAAGCCCGGAAAGCUUGUUGCGCCGAGUCGUUCGAGCAAGAAGGAGGCCUUGUUGAAGCCUGUCGAGACCAGCGAGCUCCUGACAACAAAGGGAGUGCUGGGAAAACUGCCCACGCUGGAGAGUCCAGGGGAGGAGACCAAAACCCUGGGAGUCGACCUCUCCGUGUCCAGCAGUUCCGACAGCAGCAGCGAGGUCGACAUGACCAAGAAGAGAAAGAAGAACUUGCGCAGUCGCGCCCGACACCGGAGGCGCAAAUAUGUGGACUUCCUCAUGGACGGCAAGGACAAGGAUGGGCUGAGUCUUUUGGAGAAGAGAGCCAUUGGAACAGCCGCAGAGAAAAUGUACCAGAAAGAGCUUCAGGCCUUCAAGGACUAUGCAGUGUGUCGGGGACUGGACCCGAAAGAUGCCGAGGGGGUGGACAGGUUGAUGGUGCAGUACAUGAACAAUUGUUAUUUGGCAGGACACCAGCUAUGUUGGAGACCGCCUCAUAGCCAGUUGGUUGCACCAUCACCCACAGUUCAGCAAGACUGGGGUGAAGAAGAUCCCCAGAGCCCUGAGGUGUCUGAAAGGUUGGCGAAGACUUUGCCCUGGACGGUCGCGAGUUCCAUACCCUUUGAGCAUUUGGUGUGCAGUGGCAUGUCUGAUGAUCAACAUGGGUUUUCCCAAGAUGGCCGUUUUUGUGAUGCUAGCAGUGUCCACCUACAGUCGCCCCUCCGAGUUGUUGCGGCUGAGGACCUUCAGUUUGAUCAAACCGGCACCAGGAGUGACCAGCAGUUGGAGCUUGCUUGA